CCGACGCCACAUCGAUUCUAGAUCUCACUAAUAUAUAUAGAUAUACACAUACCUACUUAAAAGUUCAAUGAACGAAAACCAAUCACUUCUAAACAUGUUUAGAAUAAAAAUUUUCAAGAAUGGAACAAAAUUCAAAAAUUCCAACAAUUUUCGAUUCUGAAUUAUUGAAUGAAAUUUCUAAAACAAAUUGUGGAAUAAAAUAUCCGAAAAAUAUUUUAUCAUGCUUGAAGUCUAUGAAUUUUUACAAUCAUUUGGAACUUUGCCCUCAUUACUGUCCAGUGGGGAAAAUUAUUAAAAUUUGCUCGACAUCAUCUGGAAUUUCAUCAAUUUGGGUAGCAGCUAGUUCGCAAGUUCUACCAAUAAACGGCGAGGCUCUCUACAUUCUCAAGAGGAAUUCGGAAAUUUUAAAAAAUGACUUUCCCCUCAUUGGCUUUAGGGGAAAGAAUUUCACCCGUCUCAAUGUUCACAUGUUCAAAAUUGAUGAUAUCUGCAUUCACCGUACUGUUCACCAAUUGGAAAUUGGCGUGAAAAUCUACUUUAAACAUUGGGAGAAAUGCUCUUUGCAUUUGGUCGAAAUUCCACGGGAAGGAAUUAAAAUUACUAUUCGGGAACCAACGACACUAAAGUUAUCAAGUGAAGGUUCAAAAUUUGCAGAGUUUCCUAAAACAAUGGAAGAAACAGAGUCGAAAGAUUUUUUGGCAGCGUCAUCGGCAGUAGCAGUAUCAUUAUCAUCAUCAUCAUUAUCAUCAUCAUCAUUAUUAUCAUCAACAGCAGUAGCAACAACAACAACAACAAAAGCAGCAUCAUUAUUUACAUCAUCAUCAGCAGCAACAACAACAGCUAAAGAAGCAUCAUUAGCAUCAUCAAAAGCAGUAGUGACUGCAUCAUUAUCAUCGUCAGAAGCAGUAGUAACAGCAUCAUUAUCAUCAAAAGCAGUAGUAUCAGAAUCAUUACCAACAAUAAAAGAAGCAGCAGCAACUAAAGAAGCAUCAUUAUCUUCAGUAACAACAACAGAAGCAGCAGUACUAUUAGCAUCAUUAUCAUCGUCAGUAGCAUCAAAAGCAGUAGUUACAGCAUCAUUAUCAUUAUCAAAAGCAGUAGUUACAUCAUCAAAAGCAGUAGUAGCAGCAUCAUUAUCAUCGUCAACAGCAGCAUCAUCAAAAGCAGUAGUAUCAGAAUCAUUACCAACAACAAAAGAAGCAGCAGCAACUAAAGAAGCAUCAUUAUCUUCAGUAGCAACAACAGAACCAGCAAAAGUAGUAGCAUCAUUAUCAACAUCAAAAGCAGCAGUUACAGCAUCAUUAUCAUCAUCAAAAGCAGUAGUAGCAGCAUCAUUAUCAUCGUCAACAGCAGCAUCAUCAAAAGCAGUAGUAGCAACAUCAUUAUCAUUGUCAGAAGCAGUAUUAGCAGGAUCACUAUCAUCAUCAGAAGCAGUAGUAGCAUCAUUAUCAUCAGAAGCACCAAAAGUAUUAGCAGCAGCAUCUUUAUCAUCAGAAACAGUAAAAGUAGCAGUAGCAUCAUUAUUACCAGCAGAAACAGAUGCUACAACAGUAGCAGCCCCAACUUUCGGACUCAGUUCCAGUUCGAGUGAAAGUUCAAUUUAUUGCACCCGUGGCUCGACGUCGGACGAAAUUACCACCGAAGAAUCGUACGAAAAUUUCGGUUUCGUCAAUGAAGAAUCGCUUUCUAACGAAGGACCCAAAAAAACCCUCCAUGAUCAUUGUCACCAUUGUCCAAACGAAUCGAACCAAACAAACGAAUCUUCCGAAACUGAUUGUCCUGCAACUGAAACAGUUGGCGAACUAGAUACAAACAAUGUUCCCGCAACUCAUUUCGGUAUCAAUCAAAAAUCCUUUCGGAUUCACAAAACAGAAUCAAACACCCCAACAAAUACAGUUUCGAAAAAACUAUUCCCCAAAACUAAAAAGAAUUCUAGCUCCAAAUACAAAAUUCUUUCCCAAACGGACGAAAUAAUUGCCAAAGUCGAAACCUACUUGGAGUCACAAGUGCCUAUCCCCUAUCAGAAAUGUUACCCCCUAUUAGAAUCAGUGUCCGUUAUGGAAAAAAGUCAACUCGAUUUAGAUUCACAAGUUCCUUGUUUAAAUUACAAUGCAAAUGUGAAAAACGAUCAAAUACCAAAUGACGAGAUUCCUUGCUAUGAAAAUUGUUUACCAUUUGAAAAUUUGACAAUGACGAGGUUUCAUUUGAUGAAUGCGAAUUUUAUGCGAAAGACCGAAUUAAAAUUUCCCCAGUGGCCUGUUAAUGAUCUGACAAAUUACAGUAGUGGCUCGUCAAUGUCAAAUGUGGAAUUUUACUUUGGUGCUCACACCACACCGUCUUAUGAGAACAUUAAGGAGCGUUCGCAAGUCAAUUCCGAUGAGUUGUUAACAAAAAUUUUUACAUUCCUCUUUAGACAAUUCGAUUUUAUGAUUGUAAUUCUCCUCUGUCUUUUGUUGUUGUUCAUUUAUUAUAUUUUAAUUCACUAUAAAGGAGACCAAUGAGGAACAAUUUUUAAUUCUAAAUUUUUAUUUCUUAAG